GCCGUUGCAGAUGCAAAGAAAUCUUUAGAACUCAACCCCAGUAACGCUAUAGCUUUUCUCAGGAAAGGGUUAGGCGAAUAUCAUAUGAAAAACUACACAUCUGCUUUAGAGUCUUUCAGAGAGGGACAGAAGCUGGACAAUGUGGAUCACACCUUUACUGUUUGGAUUAAAAGAUGUGAGGAAACACUAAAUGUAUCGCAGACUGAAAUGAAUAUACAGCAGCAACCUCUGCCAUCAAAGAUCAAGUAUGACUGGUACCAAACAGAAUCCCAAGUGAUUGUGACUAUCAUGAUCAAGAAUGCACAGAAGGAUGCUGUCCAUGUACAGUUCUCAGAAAAAGAGAUGAGUGCAUCAGUGAGACUUCCAUCAGGUGAAGACUACAACUUAAAGCUUGUUCUUCUUCAUUCUAUAGUGCCAGAGCAAAGUACAUUUAAAGUGCUCUCAACUAAGGUUGAGAUUGUCAGGAAGAAGCCAGAAGCUGUAAGAUGGGAGAAGCUGGAGGGAGAGGGUGAUUCUCCAAAGCUAAAGCAAUUUACACCAGAUACCCAGCACUUAUAUCCAUCAUCCUCUCACUAUACAAGGAACUGGGAUAAACUGGUGGUUGAGAUCAAGGAAGAAGAGAAGAAUGAAAAGUUAGAAGGAGAUGCAGCUUUAAAUAAACUCUUCCAGCAAAUCUAUUCAGAUGGCACAGAUGAAGUGAAACGUGCCAUGAACAAAUCAUUUAUGGAAUCGGGAGGCACAGUUCUGAGCACUAACUGGUCGGAUGUUAGUAAAAAGAAGGUAGAAGUAAACCCUCCUGAUGACAUGGAAUGGAAAAAAUACUAAUCUUCGAUUUUCGUCCUUCACCAUCUAUGUAUUGGCAUAUUCAUGUACUGACCACUGUGUACGGACAUAGCAUUCUUGGAUUCAAAGCACUGAAUGUUCCUUGGGAAGCAGGAAUUGUCAUCUUUACAUUUUACGUGCUUUAGAAAUUCCUUCACCUGCAGAUGUUAAAGAUAUAAUCAACAAUUGAAGUCUGUUUUCAUCACUUCCGUCUUAAGUUUUUUUUUUUUCUUUUUUUUGAAAAUUGACUCAGUCACAGUAUAAAUUUUCUACCAGCUUUAUCAGCUCUGUUCUUUGGGGAUGGGAUGUUCCUUAAUGGGCUGUUCAGGAUUAUUGCCUUAUGCCUGAUAUUUCUGUUCAGAAACUUAAUAGAACUUGGCAACUUUGGGUAAAAACACUUUUCAACAACAGUGUUAAAAUUGUUUGCUCUUUAACUCUGCUAAAUAAAACUGUAAAUA